CUCAAAUUCAAACUUAAUACUGAAUCCGUGAGAUUCGAAUCUAGAUUAUCCUUUUAAAAUGAAUCUAAGUUCGAAUCCGUCUGAAUUCAAGUCUACUAAAAUCUGAUCCAAAUUCGAAACGACGUUAUUUCUAAGUUUGACCAUACACCUUGGUCCUUUUAGUCUUUAAAAUAGUUUGUUUAGUGGGCGAGCCUAAUAUUUGAAUUUCAAAAGAAGAGCCGUUACAAGAAUUGGGAAAGAAUCUGACAACAGUCGCUUCCCUCUAUAUAGUUCCUUCGUUGUUCUCCCUUCUCCAGUGCAAAUUUUAGGAUUCAUUGUGCAUUUUCAAACUGAAAUCAAAACAACAAUGGAAAUAACAGGAGAAAAAAAAGUGUUGUCCGCCAUGGAUGCGUUUGAAAAGCUUGAGAAAGUAGGAGAAGGAACUUAUGGAAAAGUAUAUCGAGCGAGAGAGAAAGCUACUGGGAAAAUUGUCGCUCUCAAGAAAACUCGUCUUCAUGAAGACGAGGAAGGUGUUCCUCCUACAACACUCCGUGAAGUUUCCUUGCUUCGUAUGCUUUCUCGCGAUCCUCAUAUCGUCAGGCUGCUAGACGUGAAGCAAGGACAAAACAAAGAGGGAAAAACUGUUCUGUACCUUGUGUUUGAGUACAUGGAAACCGACCUUAAGAAGUACAUCCGUAGCUUUCGGAACACUGGGGAUAAUGUACCUCAUCCAAUAAUUAAGAGUUUAAUGUUCCAACUUUGCAAAGGUGUUGCUUUUUGCCAUGGUCAUGGAGUCAUCCACAGAGACCUUAAGCCACACAAUCUUUUGAUGGACCGUAAAACUCUGACCCUCAAGAUUGCUGAUCUCGGCCUUGCUCGAGCAUUUGUGAUACCCAUCAAGAAAUACACUCAUGAGAUACUAACGCUGUGGUACCGAGCCCCAGAGGUUCUCCUGGGCACUACACAUUACUCUUGUGGUGUUGACAUGUGGUCUGUAGGCUGUAUAUUCGCUGAGCUAGUGAACAAUCAAGCCCUUUUUUGUGGAGACUCAGAGCUGCAGCAACUCCUCCACAUUUUCAGGUUGCUGGGUACCCCAAAUGAGCAAAUGUGGCCAGGAGUGACCAAACUGAAGGACUGGCAUGAAUACCCUCAAUGGAGUCCUAAAGACUUAUCGUUGGCUGUUCCUGGACUGGAAAAACAUGGAGUUGAUUUGCUCUCUAAAAUGUUGAUCUAUGAACCCUCCAAGAGAAUUUCCGCUAAGAAAGCUAUGGAGCAUCCUUACUUUGAUGAUUUGGACAAGACUAACCUGUAAAAGCUUAUUAUAGAGCACCCUUUGUUUAAAUAUAUAUUUGCUGCUUUGCUUCUCGCAAGCACCAUUACUAGUACUUUUGAAGAGGUUAGAAUUUGGAACUCGUAAAAACGUUGUAGCAGUUUAAUAUUUUCUCGUCGAUGCUCAACUUUAUUGGGUGAAUUGUAUUUCCGUACUUUUUAGAUUCAAGAUUGUUCAAUAGUUGUAUAUUGUGAAAUGUGUGAUCUUCUAAUUCGCAAAACUUUCUUUUUAGAGUG